GUUUAUUUUCACUCGAUGCAUUAAUUUUCCAGCAUAGUCUCUGUUUUCCAGUGUAAAAUGAAAUGAUUGCGUCAAUUUAGUUUUAUAGUUACGAUCUGCGUUAAAAUUAAGAUGUUUUUAGACAUCUUGGUUAAAAUGAAUAUUUAAAAAAUUGUAUUAAAAUUUGGUCGAAGUUUGGUUUGUUGGAAAUGGAUUUAGCGGAGACUAUGAAGAACGUUCUUGCUAAAGGAAUGCAACAAGCCUCGGUGAAUGAUAUUGCAGCAUCUCCAAUGGGUUUCAGUGGAACUGGAUAUGUAACUGAAAAAUUAUACAUGCUCUUGCAGUUAUAUUUGCAAAAUAAGGGUUGGAAUCCUUCAGUGGAGCUUCUUCAAUGUUUCAGUGAACUUAAAGAAACAUCAAUGCUCCCAAGCGCCGCAUAUCUACAGAUGAUGGCCUCUCGAGUGACACUUGAUUCUCAAGGCCGGUUGAUUUUAAGGGAAAAUGGGAAAAUCAUCUUACCCUUUGAACACUUUGCUAAUGCAGUUAUGCUAAAACAUAUGAAUGGUCCACAUGGGCUACACCUUGGAAUUGAAGCAACUGUUAGGGCAGUUAUGGAAUCUUAUACAAUUGGAAGAGAAAACUUUGGAAUGGAAAAGGAAUUUAUUAUUGAAGUAGUACAAAAUUGCCCCAAUCCAGCUUGUAGAUACUACAAGAGUCAAAUGGAGUUGACUCAGAAAACAUUACAGCAUUUAGGAAAUCCAAACUAUCUGGCAGAGCAAGCUGCUAAUAAUCCCGAUAUUAGAAGCAGAAUGUCCAGCGUUGAUAUGGUCAAUCAGAAUGCUUUGGACUCUAAACAAAAUCAACAACUGAUGGAUCGUCCCAAAUCUGUGGCACCUCCAACACAGCAGCAGAUAACUGCGGCUCUCAUACAGCAGCAAAAUCGUGUUUUGGCUCAACAGAAUAUCGAUAAAAUGAAUGUGAAUUUAGAGAAGCAGAGACAUCAGAUGCAACUUCAACAUCAGAUGGAUCUUUCAAAGAGCCAACCCAAGCCCCCUCCACAAUAUGAGGUUCCUAUCACAGAUCACAAAGUUUCUGAUUUUCUUAGGAAUAAUUUGGAUAGUUUGGAAGGCCUAUCAGCAGCCAAUAAAGAUUUGUUAGCUCUACAUAAUGGAGCAUGGACUUCAGCCAGUACAUCUCAAGUGAAGGAAGAUGUUCGGGGUGAAGGAGGUCAAGAUAAAAUUAUAAGAGCAUUUUCGGAGGUAAUGAAAAAUAUGGCACGGAUGAAAACUUAUGUACGUCCAGCUAUGUGUAAACCUUACGGCAAACAAUCGGAGGCUCUUCAAAAAACUCUUAUAGAUACAAUCCAACUCAUACAAUCAUUGAGAAGUUUUCUGCCACCACCUCAUAUACAGGUAAGUUCUUGGAAGAAUGAAGAUAAACACCGUUAUGAAGAAACCUGAUCUUCUGUGAGUGAAUAACAUCGAACUGAGGUGUAAGUAAUAGAUUAAGGUAAGAUAUGGUUAAGGUUUUGAAAAACAGAACUCUUUUUCUGAGUAUAAUUAUUUCGAAAAUUUGAAUCACAAAUUCAGUUCAAAAAGUUUAUAUGACUAAUAUUUUUUCUUUCAAGGACUUCAGUGUUCAUGUAUAUUUCUUAUAGGAAGCAUCAAAAUGAAAUGUGUUUCCCCAUAAUAAUAAUGACUUCAGUAAAAUUCAGUUUACUUUGUUAAUUUCUUUCCAAAAUUAUAAACCAUGAAUUAUCUUAUGCAACAACAUGUUGCAAAAUACAUUUUCACUGAAACCUUAGAAAAAACUUUUUUGCAUUUAAUUAUCAUCUCACCAUUGUUCAGUUUGUGGUAUUAAUAAUUAGGUUUGUUCGUAAAAUGGUUCCAAACAGUUGUGAAUUGUUCAGAUAGAUUUUGCCUGCCCUAAAAUGGAAUUGUGCUUGCGAUGUACAGUUCACAACUGUUGUGAACCACUCUUCCAACAAACCUAUUAUUGACAAAUCAAGAUAAAAAAAAUGGACAAAAACUAUCAAAAAUAAUAGAUUGUUAUUAUGUGAUCAUUAGAUUACUGGGUGAUCACCAAUUUUUACACAAACUGAGAUAACUGAUAAUUUAGAUUUUUGUUUGUCUUUUCUUUACAUACAGGUCAAGAAGUUUUAAUGAUUUAAAUUGAAUAGUGAAGAAGAAAAUUUACUUUUAUUCAAUCAGUAGAAGAUAAAAAUACUUUUUGAUAAUUAUUUCUGGUUUUCAAAUCCUUAUGCAUAUAUUACUGAAUAAUUGAGGAAUACAGAAUCUCAUUCGGUACUUGAUGCCGACGAAUGUUUUUUGUUGUUCCUAACUAUUGAAAAGUUGCUUCAAUUCAAUUAAUUCUUGUGAUGUUCUUCUGUACUUAAUUGGUGUGGAUUUAUGUGGAUUCUCGGUAUUUAUUCGCAAUAAUUGAUAAAUCAGCAUUUAUCUUUCUUUUAACAUGAUUUCACUUUAUGAGUAUAUUCAGAAAAUGUGUCGAUAUCAUUUCAAUUUAUUUAGCCUCUAUGCAAUAUUUUGAAUUUAAUUUCAUGAAUAAUCAUUUCAUUUCAGCAUAAUCAUUUAAUUAAUCAAUACAGGAGUGAUAAUUUCAAUUCAUUUCAAAUAUUUAGUGACAAUAAGUACGUUUGGUUGAAAGUAAAUAUGAAGAAUUUUAAGCUUCUGCUCUCUAAGUCGAACUAGUCAUUGUGGAAAUUAUUCAAAAAAGUGAAUAAGCACAUGCAAUAGAGACAUACAUAACCUUGUUAGAAUGAUAUGUGCAAUAAUAUUCAGUUAUGUAUUUCAUAGUCAAAGAGAGAAAUUUCUCCAUAUGGUAGGUCUUUUCCUGGUUCAAAAUACUCGUCAAUUUUUCCGACUUCAAAAUAAUUUGCAAUUUGAUGCUGAAAGGUGUAUUUAUUGUCAUUCAACUUAGAAAUUUCAUGUAUUAUUUGUCCAUUCAUAACAUACUAAUUCGAAAUUUCAACUGUGAUAUUUUUUAAUUGGUGAUAGUAUCUCAUAAAAUGAGAUUUUAAAAUGUUUUGCAUAUCAGUAUUAUCAUUUUUAUUUAUAUAAAUUUUCAGAUUGAAUGAGACUGUUGUUUUUCACUAUGUAAAUUUAUUUUUUUUACAUCUACUAAUUUCUGUAUAUGUUGUUCUUGCCGCGUAUUUUAAGUGUUUCUAUAUGUAAUCUCUUUGUUUAGAUAUAGUUAUAGCUUGUGCAAUUAAUAAAUAUUGAAAAAAGU